CAGUGACUACCCCAUUCGUUUCGUGCGAGGUUUACCUACUUCGGUGGGAGACGUUCGUCGGGAGCAGAUGGGUGGUAGUGAUGGUGGUGGAUGAGAAGAGGUUGAAAAGGGGUGUCGGAGAAGGAAGUGGUGAAACGCGGUGUGCGACGAGGGCACAUUCCAUUCAUAGCAGCGCUCUUCUUCUUACUCGCUGCGUGGAUCGUUCCGUCUCGUUCCGGCACUCUGCGUCUAGUGUUUAAAGUUCAUUCCAACACGCACACAGCCACGCACGCAGCAGACAGCUAGCAGCACCCGUACGUUUGCCGUAAGAAGCUGGUGAAGUAGCGAGAAACCCUUCGCGGAUAAACUAAUCACCUGCGCAAAACAUGUAAACAUCAAGUUGAAUUAGUCUGAACCAAGAGUAGUUCCGAUGGGUCCAUCUCAGCUUAAUCACAGCGAUCGGUUUAGUUUCGAUGGAGCCACAUGCAUAACGCGUGUAACGUCUUAAUAAAACGUUUUUGAAACAAUUGAACGUGCAUUUAGCGAAACAGAUUGUGCUGUGACCAACGAGACCCUGCAAGAGUGUGUAUAUGUGCGUGCGGGUGUGUCGAAUGUGACCAGUGAAAUGAAUCUCUUCAUCAUUCUGCAUUAGCGAUUAAAAAUAUUGUUAAACGAAACAACACGAAACUAAGCAAAAAAAAAUCAAUCCCGCCCGAGUCUGAACGAUCAACGGAGGUGCGUGAAUGCACGUAGAGAGCACAAAGCCCGAAAUCCGACGGCAAAGCAUAUACCAAAGCGCGGCCCAAAGCAAGCCCAAGACCUGUGAUUGUUUCUUCGUAGAGAACCGCGUUUCUGGUGAAAAAUGUCCCAUGGAGGAGCAACACGGUACUCGCAGUACGCUUCCGGUUCGGCAGGUCCAAAGCAAUCACAAUCGACCGGCAGUGGGAAAUCUUCCAGCCAAACAUCAUCUUCCUCACUGACGACGCAACAGCAGCAGCAGCCACCGGUGCCGUCGCUGCCCUUCAUGCGACCACCAUUGUUGGUCACGUCAUCCGGUGCCUCUAUGCUACCGCCACCGCCGUGCCCUCAAACACCUCCUGGCACAGCGGGCGGUGGUGGGCUUCCGAAGUAUCCUGGCUCACCGAUCGGCAGCUUGUCCGGUUCCGAUACGGACGUUUCGACCUCGAACGAGAACCUAUCGCGGGAGGAACGGUACGUGCUGAGCCAUGCCCGGGUAGAGCCGCAGGGUGAAGAAAAUCUGCAGGGAAAUGUCACACCGGUGAAUGAGAUCCAAGGACGCUUCAUUGGCGAUAAGUUUUCCUCAAACACGUCGUCGGAUUCAACGCGUUAUGCCACACCGACCGGUGGUAGCAGCAGCCGGAGUAUGUCGGAAACGCGAGGUGCAGGUGGUGGCGGUGGCAUGUACGCGAACAUCGGGAACGGUCCCGAUGGCCCCUCGAACCGUAGCUCGUUGGCCAGCUCGAACCGGAACUCGCUGAAGGAACCCAACUCGAACCGGUCGUCGAUGGAUGUGUCGCAAUCGUCGUACAACACGCUCAUCAUUCACGACGAUAUCUACAGCUCGGUUGCCUCGUCCGGGCGCGAGUAUGCAGGCAGUCCGCCGCCCUACAUGAAGAAGGAGCGGCCUCGCUCGUACGGCGAGGCGGCACCGGUGGUCCCCCCCAUGCAGGACAUAUCAGAAAUCAACGAAGAGUACAUUAGCCAAAGCCACGUGCUGAAGCAUCUGGCCAAGGAGGUGAAACUGUCCCGCGCGAACGCACGCAACAGUCGCCAGCAGUCGAGCGGCGGCUCGUCGACCGCAUCCGCAGUGGACGGCGAGAAGAAACUCCCGACCGGUAAGGGUGACGGGGGCAGCAGACAGGGCCGGCGGGGCAGUGAAACGACGUCGGGCGGUGGUAAAAGCAGUGCGAAGCUGAAAAGCAAAAGCCAGCCGGAUCUGACCCGCCUGUACGACAUCGAGCCGGAGGAGGUGGAGGCGUUGGUGAAAGAGAAUCAGCUGCUCAAGCAGCAGUUGAACAAUUGCUAUCUGAAGGUUGCCAAAAGUCAAAAGUUGGAACAGGAAAUAGCAAACAUCCACCGAGUGCACGAGGAAUUGGUGCAGUCCUGCGAUCGGCGCGAGCGUUUGGAACGGGCGGCUCGCACCCGGUUGCAGCAGGACUGCCGAAGGCUGCAGGAACUCAACCGAGCGUUCCGGGACCAGGUCGAGGUGUACCAGAGCCAGCUGCACGCGUCGUCCGAUCAUCAGCUCGGCCGAACGCAACAGGACGUACUCAUCUCACAGCUAGUGAAUCAAAACAAGUCGCUUAUCGACGCAAAUCGACGACAGUGCAUCGAGCUGCAGGCACAAAACGCGACGCUGGAAGAGCAGCGUAUCCACAUCAACGUGCUCGACACCGCACUGAAACGUCUCGAGGAAGAGUGCCGACAGAAGCAGGUGUACGUGGAGCGUUGCGCACAGCUGCAACACGCACUGCAAUCACUGCAGAACGCCAGCGAACGGCGCGAACAGGCCGAGCGCAAGCUGCGCAUCGACUACGACAACGAUCUGCCGAACCGCAGCGGCAGCAGCACCAACAGCGAAACGGACAAUCUUAAAUGGCAGUUGCGGGAAAAGGACGCGCAAAUAUUGCGAUUGGAAGCCAAAUGCGCUCAGCUGGAGCAGCGCAAUCUGGAGGAAUCGAAUGUGCGCAACGUAGCGAAAUUGGCCAUGGAGCGAAACUCGCAGGAAACGGAGCACAUUCUUGCAGAAGCGAAGCAGGAGAAGAUUCGGUACCUCGACGAAGCGCACGCUGCCAAUCGGAAGGUGACGGAACUGCAAACACGGCUAAAGCUGGUGGAGAACCGGCUGGCCGAGAAGGAUGCCAUGAUACGGGCCUACCAGGGGCAGAAAAUUUACGGCGGCUCAACCAACUCCUACGGAUCGUACAACCUAUCGUCGGAUAGCUUCGCACUGAAUCCACUGGGAGCGUACAACUCGCAGGCGUCGUACGUGGACGUGUCGAGCGGCGCCUUUGACGUAACCACCGGUACCGGCGGUUCGCUGCUCGACCCAUCGUCCGUUGUCGUGGGCCCGUACGGUCCCGCGGGUACGGCAGCGGUGGUGUCCAGCUACGCGUCCUCGUACGGCCCAUCCGCUUCCAACCCUUCCUCCUUUGCCCAGAGCUCGCUGAAUCUGCCGACCGGUGCCGGCGGUGCUGGUAGCGGUGGCGGGGGGACCGGUGGAGGCGGUGGGCCCGGCGUCGUGGGCGCCUACUCGUCGCCGGGUAGCAGCAGCACCACCUCGAACUACAGCAGCUCGGCCAACUUCGGUGCCGGCAGCGAGCACACGAUCUACGACAGCAAGAGCUACGAUGCGCAGCGCAAAUCGAUCGACGAUCAACUGAAGCAGCUCGACGAGCAGCUGCUCAGCAAGCGAGGACUCUGCUGCUUCCCCAGCCUGACGACAAAGAAGCCGAUCCAAUCGUUACUGGCCGAUGAAGUGUCUGUGCUCUCGACGAAUAACAGCGAAACGUUUCUGCAGAAUCUGGCACACAUCGGAGCGGACCGACGUUCGGAACAACCGCCGGAGCGUGAUCAGCUCGGUAGCGGCAACGGCCAGAAGGUGGACGAUAUGGUGCUGCUCGAGAAACAGGGCCGAUGCUCGCAGAAGCUUCGAGGCGGCAGCAGCUCUUCCAGCGGCACCUUAGGCAACCUGGCGCACGUGUCACAAGCGGUGGGACAAAACAUGACCGACAUCAGCAACAUUGGUGGGGGAUCCGGAGGCGUGGGCGAUGUUUCCAGCGGAGGCUCGGGACUGUCGAGCACCGGCAAUAAGGUUUCGAAGAUGUUGUCCGGCGUUUCGCAGCAGGUCACACAGCGUGGAUCUUCCCUGCCACCGAGCGCCCUGCCAAGACCGCCCCGGAGCUUGAAACCACCGCGCAAGAUCGAGUACGGUCGGCUCAGUGACGGAGGGAGCGACAGUGGGAAGAAAACGCGCGCCACAACACCGCCAUCGCCGGCGUCUUCCUCGGGCGCUAGCCAGCAUGGGGGCAGUCUCAAGCGGUCCGGUCGAGAGUUUUCGCCGGCCAAAGGGAGCUACGUGGAGAUGAAGGACACGCUGCAGCUAACCAAGGACUUCCAGACUGGUGCCUCGCUGAAGCACAAAUCGUACGGCUCGAUGACAGCCGUCGGUUCCGGUGGUGGUGUUGGUGGCGGCGCCCAGCAGACUGCGGCUAAGUUUGGCUUCGGAUCGUCCAAAGCUGGCACGGGAACAUCCGGACCGUCCGGGGACUAUCCUUCGACGAAAAACUACCAACGACUGGAGGACCAAUCGCCGACAGGUUCCACAGCGGCAGCGACCGCAUCAUUGGCAUCGCAUCGCCAUCACAACAACAGCUCCUCACAGUCGUCCCAGUCACGCAAAAGCUCCGGAGAUUCGGGCACCCUAAAGCGGUCGCUCCUACCCAAUACUGGCCGCAAGCCGACCGUCUCGGCCGGCGGUAUGCCCAAGGGCGGUGGGUCGCGCGAUUCGCUCAAUUCCGCCUCGUCCGGUUCGAACCACUCGAACGUCGGACCGGCGCGCUCCAGCCCACAGCCACAGCCAUCACAUCCCGUCGGUCCGGGAUAUCAUGCGCAGCAGCUGGCCUCCCGGACACCACCGCGCUUUCUGCCACAGCAGCACCACCAUCACCAUCAACCGUCCACCUCGGUGGAGUCGAACAAAUCGCAUUCGACCUAUCACAGCAUGCCGGCCGCGGCCCAAAGUGUCCAGCAGUUUCACCACGGAUUCUUUGCAAAGUUUCCCUCCCCGCACGCAGGAUCGCCGGUAAGAACCGUGCAUCAGCCGACCCAGCAGCAUCAUCCGAAAACGUCUUCCUCGCUACCGAGCUCCAGUAUUCUGCAUGCGGCCGCCAACUCAUCGGCAACGUCGGCGAUCGGCCAGGCGUCGACCGCUUCCCUGCCACCGAAACCGUCCAUGCUCGACAAGAUGGUUGGAGGAUCGUCCGCAGCGGGUGGCGUUAGUCAGCAGCAGCAGCAGCAGCCGCUCCAGCGACGAGGCAAUAGUUUGGCGCGUGUAGAGAAUAAGUACCGCAUUCAAUUUUGAACCCAUCUGUGUAUGUUUGCUGUUUAGAGCAAGGACAGUUGCAUGCAUAGUUCUGAAGUAGGAAGGGCACGAUCCUCACGUCUCAUAGCUAUUACAUGCAAGAGCGCGCCUCUUAGCGCAGAAUGUGAAAAGCGCAGGGUUGGUCUAGGUCCAUGUUCUAAGUUCCUCACCAUUAAAUUUUCAACACGACCGCCGCCGGAACCGUGUUCCAACGUCUUUCGAAUGUGCAUACAUCACCCUCACACUACUCCCGAUCUUCACAAUAAUCCACCGGUAUUAAGGUCCGGGCGGUUGCCCAAUAUUAGAUGUUGAACAGUUUCGCAUUGUUUUUACUCUCGCACGAUCCUAAAAGCACCCGGAAUGCGUUCGAGACAUUGUGGCAUGGUCCCACAAUAAGUGUGUAAGUAGUGUAGCUACAAAUAUUGAUUAGUUGAGAAAAGGUUGUUAAGUCGAUCUAUACCCAAAAACGAAGCCCUUCCCAGGCUUUGGUAGUCUUUAUGUACAUAGCGACCGAAUUCGAUACGUCUUUCGGGAGGAAAAAAAAAGGAAGCAAAUGGAGGGUGCUUUAGAAACUGAAUAAAGCAGGCUCACUACCUGGUUUCCAAGAUGGA